AUGCAGUUCAGCAUCCUCUCCCUCCUCGGCUCCGCCGCCCUCGCCGCCGCCACCAACACGGUCACCUUCAAGUCCCUGGAUGACGUUACCCGCACCAUCCACUUCACCCCCAACUCGGGCCUCGCCUCGGUCGAGUCGGUCGAUGUCCCCGGCAACGGCGAGGUCAAGGUCGAGAUCCCCGAGGCCUGGAUCGGUAACUGGUACGCCGUCUCGGAGGGUGCCGACAAUGCCGCCGGCAUGCUCGGCGAAGUCGCCUUCAACGGCUGGAACGGCCUGACCUACUUCGAUGUCUCCGCCAUUGUCGACCCCAGUGACCACGACGGCGUCAAGAAGAUGUGGCCCGCCAGCGGCUCCGACCCUAUCUCCGGCUGCGACUUCUUCCCCUGCCCCAACGCCUACUACCUCCCCGACGACGUCCAGACAAAGGUCACGUCCGAGACCGAUCUCAUCUGCACCCUCGGCAACAACGGCGCCGUCUCCCGCCGCGACGUCGACGACCACCACGAUGGUCCAACUGAAGACUUUCGUCGUCCGUUUUCUGCAUUUUGUUUCUCUCUCCAUCCGAGAAAAGAGAACAAUCACUUUUGCCGCGGUGGCCGAUACAUCGGUCCCGUGUGCCUCUCGCGCUGUGCGCUACGACUUCAUGACCUCACCGACCUUUUCAGGAUGAGAAUGAGCCCUCAAGAGGAUUCAGCACACCAUUCCUUUCUUUUCUUUCCCUCUCUGUUAUACCACAGAAAAGAGAUACCCCCAUCACACAGCUGGGCAAAAAGCGCGGCUACGCGGGUGGGCUUAGCGGGGAAAGCAAACCAAGUCUUGUCUUUUUUUUCCUCUUUGGGACAUAUAGAAUCUUCUUCUUGGAAACCAACCUUUUUUGGCUAUCUAAAUGGGGGCGAUGGUGUUUGGAGAGACUUGGGAGCAAUCGGAGCAAUCUAG